UUGCGCCUAGAGAAGACAAAUCAUGGUCACCUAGUCUCUCUGACAGUUAGGUUGGAAGUUGAAUCAUUAGCUGCAGCACAUUCAUGAAACUUGUGCGUCUUAACUCUCAAGGACUUGAGCUCCACUAUAAGAAUUGGAGAAACAACAGAUCAAAUUUGUUAGGGGCUCUCUGCAUGAGUAAAAUUGGUUAGAAAUUUUCAAAAUGAUGCAAAUCGAAACUAAAAGCGAAACUCAUAGUUCGAGGCUAAAGAUGGGCUCUACUCCACCACCUCCUCCUCCUCUGCCACCAUUACCCAAGUUUUCGUGUACUGCCAAUCCAGCAAUAAAGCGACCAACAGUGGUGAGCGUGACUAAUCAAGAGAUUGCUAUGUAUUGGAGGCAAAGGAGUAUGGUCGAGGAAGAUCACCUGCUUGCUGCAAUCAAAGCUGCUGCUCGUAUCAGGGCGCGCAAUCUGUCAGAAGAUGAUUAUCGGCGAUUUGAGGAAUCUUUGAAGGAGGAUGAUGAUGGUAAAGAAAAGGAUACUGCUAAAAGCUUUAGCCAGAAGGAUGAGAAGAUUAAAGAGUUGCGAGUAGGAAUAAAGGAUUGGUGGACAAAGAGCAAAUAUGCAUAUCUGAACCAGCCAGUCAUCGAGUCCAUGGAUACGCCCAAACGAAGAGCAUCAACCCAUAUCCCGCAAUUUUGUUGUUACAUGUCAGCUCCUCCUCCAGCUACUAGAAAUUUGGGAAUCUUUUAGGAAUGUAGGUGCUGUACUACACGAUCAAUUUAAAAGUGAAAAGUGCUCUGAUAUGCAUCCAAGCCCUUAUCUGCUGGCUUUGAUUUCACUGCUUUUUAUAUAAGAAUUAUGUAUGUGAUAGCCAUCCUGGUUUCUCUUCGAGAACUACUAGCUUUCAGAAGGCUCUUCAAGUACUCGAGUUUUGCCUCCAUGCUUCAGGUUUUUCCAUUGAUCAUUGAAUAGUGCUUUGUUGUCUACC